AUGCAUGGAGGCAUUAGUCUAAAACUACGAUCACUGCAGGAUAUACGUGGGAUUGCACGUCCCAUUGAUGAGUUCAUGGAAGGGACCCUAGCAUGCGAUUUGGUUUGGUCUGAUCCAGACAGGCUGAAUAAAAGAAGCAACCGUAGCAACCGUGGUCAGCUGUUUUCCCAGUCGGCAGUGAAAGAUGCAUGUAGGAGACUGAAAGUGAAGAUGAUCAUCCGUGGACAUCAAGCUCCUUUACAAGGGUAUGUCCGCUUAGCUGAUGGCCUUCUCAUCACACUGUUUUCCGCACCAGCUUACAAAGGAAGCUCGGAAGAUACAGUGAACUUAGGAGCAUACAUUGAAGUGCCUGUAAGCGGAGAGCUCGUCGUGAAACAGGUUGGGAAUCAGUGCCAAAUUUGCGGAACCAAAUAA